GCCAGCAGCAAAAGCUUGACGAAUCCUCCAUACAUGGACAGGAUCGAACUACCACGUCCUUCUUCUGAUCAAGAUGAAACCCGAGAGCCAAUGGAUUACAUCAGCCAAUUGCCUGACGCCAUCAUCCUUCAUAUCUUCUCCUUCUUGACCACAACAGAAUCCAUCAAAACCAGUGUCUUGUCCAAGCGAUGGCGUUCCACUUGGACCUCUAAUCCAUAUAUUACUUUCUCUUUACCGGUCGACAAAAGGCCGAAACGGAAAUCCAGGAACUUCAGACAUUUCACAGAAGCUUUCAUAGACACGGUACUGUCAUUAUGGACCACAAUUAAGGUAAAAAGGUUGCUCUUUGACGUUCCUUUCCAUGCCUCGAUGCAGUCGAGCAUUGAUAGGUUGCUCCAAUUUGCUGUCCGGCACAACUUCGAAGAGUUGUCGAUGACCCUGUCUAGUGGGCGGUCAUCUAGUUGGCCACUCACCGUCUAUGUGUUGCCGCAUUUCUUGUUCCGCUGCACCACGCUAGUAAGUUUUCACGUGAUCUGUUGCUGUUUUCCCAUGACUGGCGCUGUGAACUGGUCUUCGCUGAAGAUAUUGCGCAUUGAAUUUGCGGACAUCGAUGAUGAUGCGAUGAUGAGACUGUUGAGUGGCAGUCCUGUUCUAGAGUCACUUGAGUUGAAAUUCUGCCAGGGGUUCAAGCACAUUAGAGUUGAAUCAAGAGCUUUGAAAGAGUUGGUGAUCGAUUCUCACGGGACGCGAAGCUUAAUCCUGGAAAUUUGGGCUCCUUAUCUUCUCAAAUUACCCCUAGUGGGCAAUUCUGUGGGGGCAGGGUUCAAAGUACAUGAGGUGUCUUCCUUGGUUGAGGCCGAUUUAAAUUUCGACUUGACUUAUGCACUUGAUGCAUUCGGUCGGGUUCACGCUCAUGGUGAUCUUGUCAAAGGGCUUCUCCAGAGGCUGCAUCAUGUCACGAAGUUGGUGAUGGGGAGCUGGUGCCUUCAGGUGCUGUCGCUAAUGGACGCGAGAGAAUUGCUUCUUCCAUCCUUUGAAUGUCGGCAUCUGACGUUCCUCAUUGCAGCGGACCAUAAGGGAGUUCCCGGUCUAGCAAAAAUACUCGAAAGUUCGCCAUGCUUGGAGAAGUUAUUCUUACAACUGACUUGCAAACAUUGUAGUUCUUGGUCCUUGCAGAAUCUUGGCCGGCCCAACUUUGAUGCAGAAGAAUUCUGGAAUUCUCCAAAGCGAAAGAUCUGCCGGUGUCUGAUGCAUGUCAAGGUUGUCGAUCCUGGUGCCAAUUUGUUGGCGUGGGAGCCUGCUCUUUCCAUGCUCAAGUUUCUCCUCCAGAAUACACCCAGUUUGGACGAAAUAGCGAUCAACAGUGCCAAUUCCAACCCGUCCAAGGCGAUUGAUCCAUGGGUGCUGCCCGAAGUUGCUCGGAUAAUUCUGUCACACGCAAGGUGUCCUCCGAGCGCGAAGGUCAUUCUUAACUAUCCUUCCCAAGGAUGUCCUUCUAAACACGCGCGUAAAUCCUGA